AUGCAGGGAUGGAAAGCAGGGCAAGGCGGUAACAAUGUCGACGACACGGACGACGACGAUGAGCUGUCGUUUGGUCACAAGGGUAAAGGCGUAAAAAUUGACCAACCAGAAAAAUAUGGUGGCAAUAAGGACGGAGUCAAUCUCGAUGAUUGGCUUGAACAAGUCAUGCUCUGGUUGAAAUAUACCGGACAUACAAAAGACGAGUCCAAAAUUAUGUCUACCCUCUUGCUCCUGAAAGGAGGAGCACGCGAAUACAUGCGGCAUUGGAUCACCGAAAUAAAUGAAAAUAAUAAGGCACCAGGAACUUGGGCGGAGUUCGUCGCUGAACUUUGCACGGCAUAUGAAUCAUUGGACAAGGACGACAAGAAGCGAACAGAGUUAGAAGCCUUUGCAACCGGUACAGGCUUCUCGGAUCAAGACUUGAUCGAAAAGAUCAAGAAACAUAUUCCGGAGAAAACGUGGCUGCUCAUGCUGGCGGAUACCACUAAGGACAACUGGCCCAAGAAGUGGACCAAGUUCCUUACAUUCGCACUCCGGAUAUUCACAUCACUACAACGAGAAGGCCACCAUGCCAAGGCCGAAACCAAGGACCCGAAUGCUAUGGAGGUUGAUGCAGUCGGGAAGAAGGGAAAGAACAACAAGUUGGUCUGUGCCAACUGCAAGAAGAACAAGCCGACAUUCUUCAAAUUGUCGAAAUGCUUCGGCAAGUAUUGCACCGAUUGUUUCAAAUUGGACCAUGUCAAGAGGCAGAUUGAGAAGGAGAAAGAGACAGCUGUGAAGAAGAAGGACGGGAAGAAAAAGGACGACGCCAGGAACAAAUCCAAGUCGUCCAAGACACGACAGGUGGUGUCUGAUUCUGCUUCAUCAGAUGCAGAGAGCAAAAGCUCUGACACCGAAGAAGAGAAGAAGCUAAAGAAAAAGAGCUCUUCCUCUAAGACCAAGGGGAAGGGUAAGGAGACAGCUGCGCAUAUUAGCGACCGCAGCAUCCACUCGGAAAGCGAGCCUGAUGCAUCCGAGUCGGACGAAGAUUUCACCGCGGGAGAGGGCUCUUCAAGGAAGGAUCGGAAGGGUUUUCUCAAAGGGGAUCUGUAG